CAGAUUCAGAGAAAGAGAAAGAGAAAGUGAAACUAACUUUACCACAGGAAUGCCUGAAACGAUCAACCUCUUUAAACAACAGUAUAUUUAUUGAGCUUUGUGAACACAUCUGAUACUCACAGACUGCAGUUUCUAAAAAAUAAAAAAAAAAAAACAUGAAGAGAAGAACAACAAUGGCAAAUUCUUCCUCAGCUCCAGGAAAAAAACAAAAAUCCAGGAGUGAGAGUAUAGAUGGUUCUCCAUCGAUAUCAUCCUCCAGUGCUCUGCUUACUAAGGAGUUUCAGUGCUCUAUAUGUCUGGACAUAUUCACUGAUCCAGUCAGCACUCCAUGUGGACACAACUUCUGCAAGACCUGUCUGAAUAAGUGCUGGGACAACAGCCAGACCUGCAACUGUCCAUAUUGUAAAGAAAAAUUCAAGCACAGACCAAAUCUCAAGAUUAAUACCACACUCAGAGAGCUCGUAGAUCGCUAUAAAAAGAAACGUUGUGAGAAAAAACCUGAAGUUUUGUGUGACGUUUGUGAUGAAAGAAAGCUGAAAGCCCUGAAGUCGUGUCUGGUUUGUCAGAGCUCUUACUGUGCAGCUCACCUGGACCCUCAUUUGAGAGUGGCAGGUUUAAAGAAACACAAAGUGAUGGAUCCUGUGAGUAAUCUGGAGGACUAUAUAUGUCAGAAACAUGAGAGACCUCUGGAGCUGUUCUGUAGAGAUGAUCAGAGGAUCGUGUGUCUGUUCUGUACUGACGGAGACCACAGGAACCACAACAUUGUUUCUUUAGAAGAAACUCAGCUGAUGGUUCAAGACACGCAGCAGAUGAUCCAGGACAGAGUCAAGAAAAUUGAAGAGAUCAAACACUCAGCAGAAGUCAGAAAAAGAAACACAGAGAAGGAGAAAGCAGCACAUGUUGAGCUCUUCACUGAUCUCAAGCACUCCAUUGAGAGAUGUCAGACUGAACUGCUGAAUAUGAUGGAGGAACAGCAGAAAGCAAAGAAACAGGAGGAAGAGCUUAUUAAAGAGCUGGAGCAGGAGAUCACUGAGCUAAAGAUGAGAAACACUGAGCUGGAGCAGCUCUCACACACUGAAGAUCACCUCCACCUCCUACAGAUUUACUCAUCCCAGUGCAACCCUAGAAAAAACAGGAACUGGCCUGAGAUCAGUUUGAAAACUAAUGACCAUCUGGAGAUUCUGAGAGCUCUGACUCAACUGAAGGGCACUUUACAUAAGCUCAUACAAACUGGUGUCUCUUUGGAGCUGAAGAGGAUGCAGCAGUAUGCAGUGGAUGUGACUCUGGAUCCUGAUACAGCUAAUCCAAACCUCAUCCUGUCUGAUGAUGGAAAACAAGUGAGACAUGGAGACAUUAGACAGAAACUCCCAGACAACCCAAAGAGAUUUGAUCCAUAUGUAAAUGUCCUGGGAAAGGAGGGAUUCUCCUCAGGGAGAUUUUAUUUUGAGGUGCAGGUGAAGGGAAAGACAGACUGGGAAUUAGGAGUGGCCAGAGAAUCCAUUAACAGGAAGUCAGUGAUCCCACUGUGUGCCAGUAAUGGAUUCUGGACUGUAUUUCUGACAAAUGGGAAUGAAUACAGUGCCAGUGCUGAUCCUCCUGUCCGUCUGCGUCUGAGAGUGAAGCCGCAGCGGGUCGGGGUGUUUGUGGAUCAUAAGACUGGUCUGGUCUCCUUUAUUGAUGUGGAGUCCAGCUCUCAUAUCUACACUUUCACUGCUCAGUCUUUCAUUGACAAACUCUAUCCUUAUUUUAGCCCACAUCCAAACAAUGGAGAAAUUAUACCGGAAAGCAGAAAGACUACACAUACCAAACUGUCAUAUAACUUAAGAUGGGGAAAAAAUUAAAUGGAAUAAUUCUUGUGCUGCAUGUGCUUCUGAGCUGACCCCAGAUAUCAACAGUGUCGGACCAGAUCCGGCCCAGAUCUGGUAGGCUAUUUUUGAGUAUUUGUCAUUGGUUUAAUUUGUAUGCAAAAAUCAUGCACUCUUAAGUGUGUGUCAGAAAGCCUGUCGUAGGAACUAAUGUCUUAGUUGUUGUUUCCUGUACGUCCCGUUAUUAGAGACGCACACUGGUAGAAGAUGACUGUUAAUCCAUGUUUAUGCUGCUAUUAUGCUCUGUGUAAUUCGUUCAUGCAAUAACUGUAAGUACUGUUAUACCUUUAUAUCUCGUUAGUAUAUGUUGUGCAUGUGAUUGGUGAUUGCUGAUGUUUAUAUUGUUCGAGUUUACCGUUUAUUUCGGCCGUAAUUUGCCGAUCUAAAUCUGCUGAGUCAUCACCAUCCGCUCUAGUGUUACGAGCCGAUACAGCGAAUGUUUGUUUAUACAAUUGCUUACAGCAGCAUAAUAUUCAGUGUAGUACUGUAUUUUUGUUAACUUUAUUGUGAUUAUUAAUAGACACAUGUUGAAUAUAUUUUGGUACUAUGUUACUGAUUUCUGUAAUUAGUGCAGUGAGACAUACAUGUUAGAUGAAUAUUAUUGUAAAUUUAUUUCUCUUUAUUUCCUUUGUAGACCAUAUAAUAUCACAGCUGUAUACCUCAGAUGCAUAUUCAAGAUUGUAAAUAAACGCCUCAUUAUCAAGAAUCUCUUCUCCACUCCUGAUUCUCUGACCGGAAUCUGAUCCAUAUUUGGCCGCCUCAAUCAGCUAAAAACUUAAUUGUAGUGGGGCUUCGCUACAUUAUUAUGGUCCUUCGAGCCGGAUUGAGAGCAAGCUCAAACCAGUAUGGAUCCAGCAGCAAGUGACACAUUAGAGACAAUGGACAGACCUCGCCGCAGGACUAAUCUGCCUUCUCACCUGGAUGAUUAUGAGGUUGGCUACCGACCCGCUGAUGACCCUCCUGCUAAAGCUUCUUCCCACUGUCCCAGUCAACCAAGAGGCAGCUCGAGGAAAACGUCUCGAAGUGGUGCUAGUUCUCAUUCCAGGACAAAUAGGCGCUCUGUUACCUCCACUGGCGUUUAUCUUCCACCUGAACUCUCUAGUGUCCAGACUGCUAUUUUGGAGGAGAAGAUUAAACAGAGGCAGUUAGACAGUCUCCGCCAGCAGGUCGAGGAGGACUCACUGGCUGAUGUGGAAUACCAGCGGCUACAAGCACAAGCUAAAGAAGCCCAGUGUAUUCAAGAGGAAGCUCUUACAGCAAAGCAGGCCUUAUCCAAGCAUCUAGAAAGACAGCGUAAGCUGCAACAAGCAGAGACUGAGCUUGAGGUAGCGAAGCUCCUAUCCUCAAAGCUUAUUAAAGACUCUGGUUCAACGACUCCUGUGCCUCCUGGCUCACCUGACAGUCUUUCGCCUCCACCUCAGCUCAUACAUAUUAGUCCAGCCAUGAGCCCACCUCAACCAUCAUGCUCUCUCCAGCGGCCCUCUACUCAGUCACCAGCUGUGACCUCAACCAUACAGAUUUGUCAUGCUGAACAGAUUAUUCCUGAUGACUCUCGGGUGUCUCAGCCGUCACUUAGACCACUGAAGUUAACAGCUGAAUCUGGGAGUGCACUACCUGCAGCGCUCCACCUGUUACCACAAGCAGUCUCAUCACCAGUCUCCAAUGCAUCUCAGACUACCCCUAUAACUGCACCAGCUCGCACUGUGUUAUCAACAUCUACUGUGGUACCCCAACCUCAUUCAGGAGCCACAGUCAUGUCCACUGCUGCACACCCCUUGAGUACAAGCAUGCCGUCUGUGCCACAGCAACCUACCACAGCAACACUGCCGCCACAUACAAGGCCAUAUGCGGUACUGCAGACAGCACUUCCACCUGUGACAACACGCGCACGUCUUCUGCAGCCUCCAGUUACCAGCUAUCAGGCUUCAGCCGUGCCACCUACUGUCCCUAGCCAUGCUCAACCGCCUUCAUUCUCGCCCUUUCCGCAGGAUGGUCAUCCAGCAUACCCUGGUACAGAGCUACUGUUUGCAUCAGCCUACGGCAUCCCACAACCCAAGUUGCCGGUGUUCGAAAGUGGUAGUGAGAGUGACUUUGCCUUGUUAAAGUUGGCACUGGACAAUUUGUUGAGCAAUCACAGCCAUCUCAGUGAACAGUACAAAUAUCAUGUCUUACUAAGCCAUUUAAAACUCCCUAGUGCUCAGCAGCUGGCUAAAGCCAAUAUGUACCAUCCGUGUCCUUAUUCAGCUGCACUGCAGGCUCUUCAAGACAAGUAUGGCCAGCCAAGACAGCUUGUUCAGUCGGAGUUGGGUGCCAUCAUGAGCACUCCACCACUCAAAAUGGGUGAUGCUAAUGCUUUUGACUCCUUUGCAUUAUCCGUUCAAUCUUUGGUGGGCAUGCUGAGGACGCUUGAGGGCCAGAAUGGUUAUGAGCUCAUGUGUGGCUCUCAUGUGGAUCGUCUGCUAAGUAAGCUACCAUCUGCUUAUCGUGACGGCUUUGUUGAAUACUGCCUAAGCAGGGGUAUUCUACAGAUGGGCACUGACAAGACCUAUUCACUUCCUGAUCUGGCCGCCUGGUUAGAGAUCAAGUCUCAAGCUAAACGAAUCUCCAGCCGAGUUGCAACCUUGUUCCAGAGUGACUCAUCCAAGCACUAUGGUAAAGUUACGGCAUUCACUCGUCCAAAGGAGAGGCCAACACCAGUUCUCCUGGCCAAUGAUAGCAUCACAAGGUCCCCUAAAUCUGCAGACUCAAAACCCAGCUCAAAGCCAAAGCCAUAUUGUCCCCAUUGCGACAACAGGGACCACUACCUUAACUCCUGUGACCAAUUCAAGAAGUUAACCACUGCUCAAAUUGUCACCUGGAUUAAAGAGGGAAAACGCUGCUGGAGAUGUGGUCGGACACAUGCAGUAGAGACCUGCAACCUCAAACGCCCAUGUAAGGUCUGUAAAGAACUACAUCUUACAGUUUUACACGAGUCCAUUAAUGACACUUCCAGGGCUGUACUCAUGGUAAGCUUGCCACCUACCAGGAUUUACCUUGACAGACCUAACCGUUCUCCAAAGGUCAUGUUGAAAGUGGUCAAAGUCCUCCUUCACAAUGGUCGUCACACUAUGGAAACCCAUGCAGUCCUUGAUGACGGGUCAGAGAGAACACUAGUGCUUCAGCCAGUAGUGCAGCAGCUCAAGUUAACAGGUGCUCCUGAAUUGCUUCCCCUACAGACAAUUCAACAGUAUCACACUGAACUUGACGGGUCAUCGAUAUCUUUUGAUGUGUCCUCAGUAUCCAAACCCAUGACGAAGUUCACUAUACGCAACGCAUUCAUUGCAACCGGUCUGUGUCUAGCGGAGCACAAUUACCCAGUGACUGCACUCCAGAAUGCCUAUCGACACCUGAAGGAUCUACCACUGCCUCCUGUGGACAGGUUAAAGCCAUUGCUCCUUAUCGGGUCAGAUAAUCCCCACCUCCUGACACCAAUCCAGCCCAUACGCAAAGGCCCAAUAGGGGGACCUAUUGCUGCCUGCACGCAACUUGGAUGGUCUCUCCAGGGCCCUAUGAGUCCAAUGCAACCUUCUUGAGGGAAUCAGCAGUGUCUUCACAUCAUGUCAGUUCCAACCUGUGAUGAUCUUAUCCACCAUGUAGAAAGGCUCUGGCAAGUCGAUACUCUCCCUUACAACGAGAAAAUGGUUACCAGGUCCAAACAGGAUAGAGAGGCUUAUACUCUGCUGCAAAAUGCUACAAUCCGGGUGAAUGUGGACGGUGUUCAACGUUACGCUACACCAUUGCUGAGGCGAACACCAGUGAGUUUACUCCAUGCAAACAAAGAGACUGUGCUUCCUAGUUUGCGUAGCACUGAACGCAGGCUGGCACGGGAUCCUGAGAGGGCUAAAGCCUACUGUGCUGAGAUCCAGAAGUUGGAGGUGGCUGGUUAUGUGGCUAAGAUAACUCCAGAGGUGGCCAACAAAAGUGAAGAGUCCUGGUAUAUCCCGCACCAAAUGGUGCAUCACAACGGUAAGGACAGGAUUGUCUUUAACUGUUCCUUUAAACAUCAGGGACAGUCCUUAAAUGAUCAGCUGCUGCCUGGGCCGACUUUGGGACCUUCCUUACUGGGUGUCCUCCUGAGAUUCCGCCAACACACUGUUGCUAUGAGCGGGGACAUCAAAGGUAUGUUCCACCAGGUACGCUUGCUGCCCAAAGACAAGCCAGUGCUGCGCUUCCUUUGGAGGGAUAUGUGCAGGGAGGUGGAACCUGAUAUAUAUGAAUGGCAGGUACUUCCGUUUGGCACUACAUGCAGCCCAUGUUGCGCCAUCUUUGCCCUCCAACACCACGCCCAAGGACACAAAGAUGACAUGGCUCACCUAGUCGACAUAGUAGGGCUUUCAUUCUAUGUAGAUAACUGCCUUCACAGCACGCCAACUGCAGAUGAAGCCAAAGCAACAGUGGAUGGACUGCGCCAGCUGCUCUCCGAUGGAGGCUUCGAGAUCAGGCAAUGGGCAAGCAAUGUACCAUCUGUGAUCCAACACCUUCCCACAGAUGCCAAGUCUACUAAUAGUGAGCGCUGGUUGGCACAAAGCAGCACUGACCUCCAAGAACUCACUCUUGGUCUGUGGUGGAAUUAUAUCAAUGACACCCUGGGGUAUAAUUUACGCUCUACGGAGACCACUGCACCUACAAUGAGGAACAUGUGUAGGACCUUGGCGAGUCACUAUGAUCCUUUGGGGUUCAUCAUCCCAUUCACUACCAGGGCCAAGGUUCUUAUCCAAGACCUCUGGAAGCACAAGCUUGGUUGGGACGAUCCCAUUGAACCUCUGCAUUUGAGAGAAAAGUGGCUUGCCUGGGUAGGAGAACUCCCGACUCUCCUUCAGUUGCAGUUCCCUCGAACAUACACCUUGGCCUCCAAUGACAAGACUUCUGUUAUCCAUGAGCUUCAUGUCUUUAGUGAUGCAUCAGAAAGAGCUUAUGGUUCAGUGGCCUACUUGCGUACCACAGAUAGUCAAGGACAGGUCACUGUAACCUUUGUCUUGGCCAGGUCUAGAGUAGCACCAAGGAAAUGGCUGUCCAUGCCUCGCUUGGAGCUGAGUGCAGCUCUGACUGGUGCCCAGUUGGCCAAGGUGAUCCAGACAGAGUUGACCAUUCCUAUUCACAAGGUUACUUUCUGGUCUGACUCCACCACUGUGUUAUACUGGCUGACAUCAGAGUCCUGCUGCUACAAGGUGUUUGUGGGAACACGUGUAGCAGAAACACAGACCCUCACAGACAUGGCUGAAUGGAGGUAUGUUGAGUCAGUUCACAACCCUGCUGACCACAUCACACGAGGUCUUACACUAAACGAGUUGGCAGGUCCUCAUCAGUGGAGCUCAGGGCCAGCCUUCCUGAACCAGUCAGUUGACCAGUGGCCAUCCACACCCAAAACUGAAGAAGAGCCAGACUUCAGUGAGUUAAAGAAGGCUGCCUUUAUUGGAACCAUUUCAGUGUCUAGUAGUUCCCUUCCUGAUCCAAGCCAGUUCCACACAUGGCAAGAGCUUGUCCAGGCCACUGUUAGAUCCCUGCUGUCCCUCCUGUCGAGGCUUCUGAUUAUAUUGAAGCAGAGAGGCUCCUCCUGGCGCAGGCUCAAAGUGACUCAUUCCCGCUUGAAGUCAGGGCUUUAAAGGCCAGUCAGUUCCAGCUGACAGUCGUCUGGGAUCUCUCGCCCCUGAGUAUGAUGGGGCCACCGGUCUCAUUAGAGUGGGUGGACGACUACGUCGUGCUAGUGACCUUGACCUGGAGACUAUAAAUCCAAUUGUGUUAGACCCUGGCCAUCCUGUCACCAAGCUGCUAAUUAAGGAGACAGAUCAGCGACUCCUUCAUCCUGGCUCAGAAAGGGUCCUAGCUGAACUGCGUCGCCAGUAUUGGGUACUCAGAGACAGAGAGGCGAUACGUAAACAGCAGCGCACCUGUCAAGACUGUCAACGGUGGCGGGCCAAGCCUCAAGCCCCGCGAUUGGCAGAUCUACCACCCUGUAGGCUGAAUCUUUAUAAGCCGCCUUUCCAUUCUACUGAUGUAGACUGCUUCGGCCCAUUCGCAGUCAAAGUUGGUCGUCGUCAAGAGAAAAGAUGGGGGAUUAUCUACAAAUGUAUGACGACGUGGUGUGUGCAUCUAGAUCUGUUAGAGCAUUUGGACACUGACGCAUUCCUGCUCUCUUUGCGUCGAUUCAUAGCACGACGGGGCAAGCCUAUGAAACUGCUAUGCAAUAAUGGCACUAAUUUCAUUGGAGGUGAUCGAGAACUACGAGAGACCUUCAAUGCCAUGUCACCAAGGCUUCAGGAGCUGCUGGCUGGGCAGAAGAUCCGGUUCCGCCAUAAUCCACCAAGUGCUCCUCACUUCGGGGGAACCUGGGAGCGUGAGGUAAAAUCAGUCAAGACAGCACUGCGUGUAAUCCUGCGAGAGCAGUCGGUCCCAGAACCAGUGCUUCAAACUCUUCUGGUGGAAGUUGAGAGCAUCUUAAAUGCCAAACCACUUGGCUAUGUAUCUUCGGAUGUCGCAGACCUGGAUCCAGUGACUCCAAACUUACUUCUUAUGGGUCGCCGUGAUGCCUCUCUACCGCAGGUCCUGUAUGACUCUAACAAUUUGCUCGGAAGACGGAGGUGGAGACAUAGUCAGGUGCUGGCUGACUGUUUCUGGACCGCCUUUAUUCGCCAUUACCUCCCAGGCUUGCAUGGUCGUCACAAGUGGAGGACGGAUGUCAAGGAACUGACAGUAGGUCAAGUAGUACUUAUUGUCGAUCCGCAACUUCCCCGGGCACUUUGGCCUGUCGGCGCAGUGACAGAAACCCUGGCUGGGGCUGAUGGUAGAAUUCGGAACUCCAGAGUCAGGGUUAAGGAGAAAACCUACACCCGUCCAGUUGUCCGGCUGAUCCCACUUCCUCACCUUGAGGACGAUGACACAGACACUUCAGACAGACUUUCUUAGAGUAUUCAAUUAUCUUACCAGAUAAUUGGGGGCGGCUGUGUCAGAAAGCCUGUCCUAGGAACUAAUGUCUUAGUUGUUGUUUCCUGUACGUCCCGUUAUUAGAGACGCACACCGGUAGAAGAUGACUGUUAAUCCAUGUUUAUGCUGCUAUUAUGCUCUGUGUAAUGCGUUCAUGCAAUAACUGUAAGUACUGUUAUACCUUUAUAUCUUGUUAGUAUAUGUUGUGCAUGUGAUUGGUGAUUGCAGAUGUUUAUAUUGUUUGAGUUUACCGUUUAUUUCGGCCGUAAUUUGCCGAUCUAAAUCUGCUGAGUCAUCACCAUCCGCUCUAGUGUUACGAGCCGAUACAGCGAAUGUUUGUUUAUACAAUUGCCUACAGCAGCAUAAUAUUCAGUGUAGUACUGUAUUUUUGUUAACUUUAUUGUGAUUAUUAAUAGACACAUGUUGAAUAUAUUUUGGUACUAUGUUACUGAUUUCUGUAAUUAGUGCAGUGAGACAUACAUGUUAGAUGAAUAUUAUUGUAAAUUUAUUUCUCUAUAUUUCCUUUGUAGACCAUAUAAUAUCACAGCUGCAUACCUCAGAUGCAUAUUGAAGAUUGUAAAUAAACGCCUCAUUAUCAAGAA